AUGGUGCUGAAUGUGGAAGGUCUUUACGGAAGAAAUACACAAGACACAGUGGAAGCAGGACUGUCUUUAGGAAUUUUCUACGUGGACUCGCUGGCGUCGACUGGGAAGAACAGGAUGUGGCCUCUCGUCUUUCUGCUCUUGUUUAUUCAAGGUUUUGGUGUUCAAGGGUACGAAUGGACGAUUAAUGUGUUUACAUCGGACCAACAACAUGCGGGUACAGACUCCACUAUCUAUAUUACUCUCAUUGGAACUAGCGGAACUUCAAAAGAGCUACACUUAAACAAUAAAGCCAACAACUUUGAGAGAGGGAGUAAGAACACAUUCGUUGUUACAACGCCCUACAUUGGUGAGCUGUGCUCAGCGGUCAUCCGUUCUAGCGGAAGACACAAGGCUCAUGCCUGGCAUCUGUACAAAAUUCAGAUUUAUUCUCAAAACGCAAAGACGCCGUACAAUUUAAGGUGCGACUGCUGGAUAUCAUCGAAUACUCAGUUACAGAGGAAACUUUACCCUGACCAAUCAUGUAAAAAGAAGUAGGUGCAGACUUUGAAUACGGCUGACCAACCAUCAUAAAGAGGAUUCUUCACAGUGAAACACCUUGCUCAUUGGCUAACAGGAGUGAUAAGAAAUAUCUUUCAAUGUCUACAGUCAACUUUCAACAGUGUCAGGGCACACACCCAUGCUAAUGAUUUUGCUUGCAGUUUACAAUCUUUAGUAUUUAACAGCAAAAGUAACACAAAUUAUGACAGUGUUUGUAGGCAAUCCCAUAAGAAACUGUAGCGUAGUGAUAAAAGCAUAAUUAAUAUGAGUCAAUAAUUGUUUUCAAAAUAGGUGUGUAGGUUUGAGUGGUCAAAUUAAUGAUUCCAUUAGAGUGUACUUCAGAAGGUAGCGGUCAUGGACGAGCCUAAGAUAACAUUACAAUUUGAUACUUUGGUAAUACAUAUGAUGGAUAUGCCUCUUUGUUAAAAGACAUUUUUGAAGCUUUAAAAAGAUUAAUUUUCACACCUACCAAGUAUUAAUUUAGCUGUAAUUGUCUUACUAAGAAUACAUUUUCUUUUUUCUGGUGAAUUUUGAGGGGUACCACUUUAACCAGAUACAUCUCCAAGACAUUCAGAGAUAUGAAAAUGAGCAUUCUUGAAAAGUGAGAUAAAAACUUGUACUAUAGAAAGACACUCUAUUCAAUGAUCUGCAAUUUGAUACUGUCUGAAUGUUAUUUUGAAAAAAAGUACAUUUUUCAAAAUAUUAUGGAUUACAAUCAGAAUUUUCAUCGGAACAACAUGAAAACACAUUUGUGCAUAGUUAUUUUAUAUUUGAUUAUUUUGACACAAGAUAUUAUAAAGAAGUAUAAAUACUUUUUUUUUAAGGCCCUUCGCCCCUCCUGGGGCAUAGGC